AUGGCUCUGAAAUUAAGUUUAUUGGCAAUGCAUUUGUUCUUAUUGUUAGCAUCUACAUCUAAAGCUCAUGCUAGUGUGUUUGACGUGACGAGUGCAACAUACGGUGCAAAGCCUGGCUCUAAUGUCAGUAAGGCCUUGGCCAAGGCUUGGAGUGAUGCAUGUGCAUUGCCAUCGGCGAGUAAAGUUGUUGUUCCGAGCGGGACAUACAAGUUAAAAGAAGCAACUUUCAGAGGCUCCUGUAAGGCUCCUAUUGAGAUGCAAGUUCAAGGCACAUUGCAUGCUCCAGCAGAUGCUAGCCAACUCACAAGACCGGAUACUUGGGUUGACUUUCAGUACAUUGACAUGCUCACCUUAUCAGGUGGUGGGACUUUUGAUGGCCAAGGAGCACUUGCUUGGAGUCAAAAUGACUGCCACAAAAACAAAAAUUGCAACCUAUUCCCGUUAAUCUGCGCUUCGAAUUCCUCACCAAUUCCAAAGUUCAGGACAUAA